ACUCUCAUCCACUGUGUCUGUCACUGCUUUUGGUACAAGACUACACGCAUAUUUGGACUCCUUAUUGUUUGGACAAAGACAAAAAAAUCAAGGAAGAAUGGUAUCUGCCGGGCUACAGAUGUUGGGCACAGCCCUGGCCAUCAUUGGCUGGAUCCUGACCAUUGUGACUUGUGCCCUGCCCAUGUGGAAGGUCACAGCUUUCAUUGGGAGCAACAUUGUGACAGCACAGAUCAACUGGGAGGGCAUCUGGAUGUCCUGCGUGGUGCAAAGCACUGGACAGAUGCAGUGCAAGGUCUACGACUCUAUGUUGGCUCUCAGCUCGGACCUGCAGGCCGCCCGCGCACUCUGUGUCAUUUCCAUUUUGCUUGGUGUCAUGGGGAUCCUCCUGGCCAUCGCUGGUGGCAAGUGCACCAACUGUGUGGAGGAUGAAAGCUCCAAAGCAAAGGUGGGCAUCACAGCGGGUGUGGUCUUCAUCGUCUGUGGUAUCCUGUGUCUGAUUCCCGUCUGCUGGUCAGCCAACAGCAUUAUCAGUGAUUUCUACAAUCCCUUAGUGCCGGGUGCACAGAAGUAUGAGAUCGGAGCUUCUCUCUUCAAAAUGGGGAGAAUUGCCAAGGAGGUGUGGGGCCAAACACUGUGCUUCAUCGGAUUGAUUGGCUUGUGCCUAACGUGUGGCCUACCCAUGUGGCGUACAACCUAUUUCAUCGGUGCCAACAUCGUGACAGGCCAGAUUGUCUGGGACGGGCUGUGGAUGAACUGUGUGAUGCAGAGUACGGGUCAGAUGCAGUGCAAGAUCCAGUCGUCCGUCAUGAGUCUGACGCAGGACCUGCAGGCGGCGCAAGCCCUCAUAGUCAUCGCCAUUUUGAUUGCUUUUGCUGGCAUACUCAUGACAUUUAUUGGUGCACAAUGUACCAGUUGCUUGAAGAAUGAGUCCACCAUGGCCAAAUUGGUCAUUUGUGGAGGUGUCCUAUGUAUUGUGGCUGCUGUUGUGUGCCUCAUUCCUGUCUGCUGGUCAGCGGCAUUCACGAUCACUGAUUACAGCAAUGUUCUCGUACCUACAUCGCAGAAAAGGGAGAUAGGUGGUUCCGUAUACAUCGGCUGGGGAACUUCAUUCGUUCUUCUUCUUGGAGGGAUCAUUUUGUGCACCUCUUGUCCACCAAAUGAUAUGCAGCAGAAUAACCCAAACACGUAUCCCUACCAAGGGCCUUUCAUGGGACCAGCUGGACACUAUAUGCCUCCAAAAACAUAUCCACCCAGCGUUACAUAUUCUGGAACAUACGUACCGGGUAAACCAUAUGUGGCUCCGAGCACUUACUCAGCCGUUCCAAGGCAAUACAUGUAAGCAAACAAAUGUGGACUUAACUGAAUGUGUACACUUGCCAGUGUUCAAACUGUAAAAAGAAGCUUUGUUGUCUUAUAAUGUUCAUUUCCAACCUUUAAGAGUCUUGUGUAAACCUGUUUAGCAACUUUCAUUAAUUAUUUUUUAUACUUUGCCUGAAUAAAUGGUUAAGUUUCUUUGAAUGUUGUGUAAAAAUAUAAAUCAAAUGUAAAUAAAUAAAUAAAUAAAUAAAAACAAGGGAAAAAAACUUUGUUGAUAGAAUCUACUGUAAUAAAGGUUAAAUAUCUCAUGUAUAAAUAUUGGUAUAUUGGUUUAACCAGAAAGCCAAGAUUUUACUCUUUUAUAGCAAUGUAUAAAGCUCAGAAUGUGGUCAUAUGACUCCAAAAUAACCGAGCAGGUCACAAAUGGUUGGUUUAUAGAUACCAUUCUGCACUAUUUGUGUUAAACUGUCAUUACACACUUCUCAUUUUACAUAACCAAAAUAAAGGGCCGUCAUGUCUCAGCCUUUCAGAAUUCCUUGUAAAUAAACGCAUUUCUCUUAUGACAA